CGUCAGCUUGUACCACUGCCACUGCCACCAUCUUCCAUCCAUCACAGUACACAGUAGGUAUCAGCCUAAGUAAUUCCCCUGUAUCACUAUCUAUCUCCAUCAUCAAUUAUAGUACUAGCCUGUAAACCCCAUAGUAAAUUAAAUCAGGUCCUCUUACCUAGUAUGAUAAUAGCAGUGAGGGUGAAAUGAAGAAUGACGUCAGGCGUGGGGUGCAGUUGCCAAGAAGGGAAAAUGGACAUGAGAAAGCAGGCCGCGUAUACUGGCUCUAGGCUGAUUUGGGUUAGGGCCGUAGGGGAUAUGAUGAUAUGGAUGGAUCCAUUGAGGGUUGAGUCUAUGCUUUGGAUUAUUGGAUUAUUGGAUUUUUGGAUGGUUUGGAUGGGUUUGUCUUGGGUGUGGGGUUUUUAUCACUUUUGUUGUUGUGGAUGGUUUUAAUGGUGUGGAUGUCUGAUUAGUAUAACUGGAGAUGGAUUGUGGUUAU